UUUCUACGGCGCGUGCAGUUUGUUUGUACGCGCUGGUUGGCUUGUCUCUGGUAAUGACGUCAGCGCGGGAAGUGUAUGACUUUGGGUAGAGAGCGAGACUAACACGGCUAACUCCUCUGGAUCUAUGUCCUGAGAAUUGUAGCACAGCCUCUAGAAUGCCGGCGGAUUGGCUACCUGCGGUUGGGGGCGGGGCCGCGGCUCCCGGGCUGCCUCAGGAGUCUGGGUUCGAUCCGUGACGUCAGGGUAGGAAUUCCUGCGCUGCCUGAGGACGUGGCUUUGGUGCCAGGCUUCCAGCGGCGAGCGAAACCGGCUCCGGGAGCUCUUCUUCCUUUUAGAGAGCAAAGAGAUACAACUUCCCCCCCAGAGGCCGUAUAGGAAAGUAACCGUGCCUGGGGACUGGGGCGAGCACAUGGCCAGGUUCUGUGUUUCCUGCCUGUGUCCAGCGUCUUGGCAUUUCACUGUACCUUUAGUGAGUUUUUGUCCUCGUCAGCGCCUGGCACUGUUGGGCCUCUUGUUGGGAACUUGUUUUGUGCUGCUUGCAACCACUGCAAAUCUAUGGCGUUGGAGGGCUUUUGGCUCUCAGGACAGGCAGUUUGAAAGGUACUUGGCACGAUUCCAAGACCUGGAGGCAACUGACACAGAGAAUGCAGCUCUGAAUUACGGGGUUGUUGUCGAUUGUGGGAGCAGCGGAUCCCGAGUCUUCGUGUAUUUUUGGCCACCACACAAUGGCAAUCCCCAUGAUUUGCUGGACAUCCGGCAGAUGCGUGAUCACAACAGCCAGCCUGUUGUCAAGAAGAUCAAGCCAGGGAUCUCAACACUAGCAACAUCUCCAGACAAAGUCAAUGAUUACAUGAGGCCAUUGCUCAGCUUUGCUGCUGCCCACGUUCCCAGGACCAAGCACAAGGAGACCCCCCUCUACAUCUUGUGUACAGCUGGAAUGAGGCUGCUGCCUGACUGGCAGCAGACAGCAAUCCUGGAGGACUUGGUAAGGGACGUGCCCUUGGAAUUUGACUUCCUCUUCUCCGAGUCGCAUGCAGAAGUGAUCUCAGGGAAGCAAGAAGGUGUCUAUGCUUGGAUAGGAAUCAACUUUGUCCUGGGGAGAUUUGACCAUAAAGAAGAGGAAGAUGCACUGGUUUCUGUGACCUUGGCUGGCCAGGAAGAGCCUCUAUUGAGAAAAAGGACUGUUGGGAUCCUAGACAUGGGAGGUGCCUCUCUACAAAUUGCAUAUGAAGUGCCUAGUACUGCCACCUUCUCUUCUCCACAGCAGGAGGAAGCAGCCAAGAGCCUUCUUGCUGAUUUCAACCUCGGCUGUGAUGCACAACACACAAAGCAUGUAUACCGGGUCUAUGUCAACACCUUCCUGGGCUUUGGGGGCAACUUUGCUCGGCAACGCUAUGAGCAAUUGGUACUGAAUCAGACCAGCACCCGCAAUAGGUUACAGGGUGGUCAGAGUGGGACAAAUUCUGAGAUGCCGGUCUUGGAUCCUUGCCUCCCUGUAGGUCUGGAGGAUGUUGUGGAACAAGGGGGCCAGACUUUGCAUAUCAGGGGCCAGGGAGAUUGGCAGGCCUGCGCAGAGCAGCUUCUCCCCCUGCUAGCUGGAGAUAAUAGUACCAAGACCUCACUAAAGAACACCUACCAGGCACCUAUUCACUUUGAGAACAGUGAAUUCUAUGGGUUUUCUGAAUUCUAUUACUGCACAGAAGAUGUGCUGCGUCUGGGAGGACCAUAUCAUGCACCCACCUUCACACGCGCUGCUCAGGAUUAUUGCAGUCUGAGCUGGUCAGUACUAACACAGAGGUUCCGAGACAAGCUAUACUCAUCGCAUGCAGACCUGCAUCGUGUCAAGUACCAGUGCUUUAAGUCAGCUUGGAUGCACCAAGUCCUCCACGGAGGGUUCCGUUUCCCCAGGGAUUAUUCUGGCCUGCACACAGUCCAGUUAGUAUAUGACCGUGAGGUACAGUGGACACUGGGAGCCAUUCUUUACAAGACACGUUUCUUGCCACUCAGGGAUAUCCACCACGAGGGCAUCCGCCCACCUCACAGUUCAUGGUUGCGUCUUUCCUUUGUCUACAAUCAUUAUCUCUUCUUCGCAUGCAUUCUUGUGGUGAUGCUAGCGAUUGGACUCUACCUCCUCCGCCUGCGCCAUAUCCACCGGCAGCAGUUGCACUCUGCAUCACUGGACCUGCUGUGGCUGGCAGAAGUGGUGCCACUGCCAAGCCAGGAACCAGGCUCUUGAUGCUGGAACUAUCACUCAGUGACUGCUCAGUGGAUUUUAUAGGCCCAAAAGCUGUGACAGUUUAGUGCUUUACUCCAGAACUGUGCAGGGCUCUAGGCUAAACCCAGGCCAUGUCUGACUUGCCCCUGCAGAAAAAAACAGCCCCACGAUCACUGUGGACUCCAAGCUUUCCCCUGGGCUUAAAAGCCGCAGCCAGCACAGAAUAAAUUGGAAGUACUAAGAAGCAAGAGGGCGGGGAGCAAAUUGCCACAGUGGCAGAUCUGUAAGUGACCAAAGAGAACUUGAAUCUCUCAGGAAAAAGAAAGACCUUGUAUAGGCAAGAUCCUGGUCCUAUUUUUCAGGACCAAAUAUUUUCUCCAGUAGGGCACCUCUUAUAAGCAAACACUGGUGCUUCAACUCUGAGCCUAGGCCUCUGUGCCCCUCAACGUUAUGUUAGUCCUCUUUAUAGGAAAAUCAAGAGAAGAGGUCAGGCAAAUUUCUCAGGGGACCACAAAGGCCCUUUUCAGAAAAGGGCUUUAGUUGCUGCUAUUUUCUGCCUCCUCCUCUUACAGUACUAGUUGGAGCCCAACUUGCAUGUAAAUUAAGCAUGUCUUGCUGCUGUUUUCCAGCUAAUUUUAGUUCUUCCUUAAAUUCUGCAGCAGCCCACUUAAGACCUUGAAAUAUUUCACACCAUUCAAGUUGUUUUAAAAUUAACAUCUAGCCCUCAGAAUCAAUUAUGGGCUAGUUACAUAAUUUGUUUUAAUACUUGAACUAUGACAGUCCUAAUCACAGUAGCAAUAAACUAUUCUAAGCUCUGUA